AUGAAUGUCGGGGAGCACAAGGGCGCCAUUGUCACGGGCCUCAUUGGCGAGACGAAGCCCCAGGUCAUGCUCGAGCUGGGCGGCUACGUCGGAUACUCGGCCAUCCUCUUCGGCGCCGCCCUCCAAAAGGCCGGCGGGCGGCGCUACAUCUCCCUCGAGCGCAACCCCGAGUUCGCCGCCGUGGCCAGCUCUCUCGUCGACCUGGCCGGGCUCGCCGCCGUCGUCCACGUCGUCGUCGGCCCCAGCGCAGACUCCCUGCGCCGCCUGCACUCGCACGGCCACCUCGCCCGCAUCGACCUCUCUUCCUCGACCACUUGCGUAUUUUUCUAG